AUGACAGACCCCGAUAUCAUCCUCUACCUCUACCCUAUCGAUGGCUUGGGCAACAAAGGCGCCUCUUACGCUAUUUCCCUGCCCGAGAAUAAGUCGAGGUUCGUCCCAGCGGCCGCCAGCAGCAGCUGUAACAAUGUUCGCCGCAGCCGUCACGACAGGGAUGCGACCGAGGAGCCCGAAGAGCGUGGACGCUUCAAUGGGGACCCUUGUAUCGUGCUCAGGCUCAGCCAGAGCACCUGAAGCCGUCUUGGUGUCGUAACAGGACGUGCACCGGACGUCGACUUUGUGCUGCCGAAACUGCCGGGAGUUAGCCGCUUCCACCUCUCCUUCACCUUUGACGACCAGAAUCAGCCAAUUGCCCGAGACCUGGGCUCUCUCUGGGGCACGAAAUUCACUUACGAUGGAGAGAAAGGCGAGCGCCAGUCCAAAUUAGUUUGCAGGAGACAGCAUAUCCUGCUGCAUAUAGUGUGGUGGGUCCAAAGGCCAAAGACUUCAAGAUUAAACAAACGAUGUGGCUGGGGGGAACUCUUUUACCAUGAAAACUUUCCAGUCGAUGUCACCUACGAUAUUUUACGCGAUGACCCGGUUUCCACAGUCCCUCCAGCUAUAUUGGGGUUGGCUGUCAGAAUACCUGAACUGGAAGGUCAAACCGCAGUGGAUAUAUCAAAUCUCCGCAAUAAUGGAUUUGUACACUGGAACGACGACUUCACCGCUGAGAGACUAGAGCACUUGAGUGGCUUGACCUACUUCUGGGGGCUUAAGGGAAUGGAUAUCCUUCACUCAAUACUUGCAAAUAGGCGAUUACGGAGUGUCCUUCGAGGGGCUUUCGGGCCAGGGCCGCACAUGAUCCGACAUUGCCUAUGGUGGAGCCAAACCCCAACGUUGGGACAACCCAUCUACAUUAAGAAAAAGCAUGACCAAAUUGAUAAGUGUUUAGGCUUACAUAUAUUACCCAGGGAAACCAGAGUCUGCUAUUUCACCGGGUCUCACAUGGCAGACGGGUCGGAUGGUAACAACCCGCCUUGCACCAACACGUCAGACACUACCAAUCGCCUCAAGGACUUCGAGUACCACCAACCUGGUCCAUGGUUCAUAGACACUCAGCCAGAGCUUCAAUGUUACAGAAAAAGCGAACCACUCUCAAACGGGUUCACAUUAUUCGAUCCCAGCCUCACCCAUCAGUUCGAACGUGGUGCGGGAUUGACGAUCAUCAUCGGAAAGCCAAAGCCGUUGGUGGGGUGGCCACCACUGCGGGUAAUGAAUCCACAUAUGGUCGAGAGUCUUGGGAAAAUGAAGCAGGAUAUUGAGAUCUGCUGGAACUUGGAGUGA